GUCAAAAUAUUGGAAAAAAAGUUUUUAAAAAACACUGAACACUGAAAAAUCGAUUAUUUCAAAAACAAUUCAUUAAAAUAACUUGUUUUAUAAAUUAAAAUCAAGUGUGCAGUUCUGGCUUUUGAAAAUGGUAUCAUUCAUAGCUUGCUUUACAACGAUAGCUGUUUUGGCGUGUGUGGCCUUAGUAAGGUGCGAACCUCCCGUUCCACAGAAUUCGUAUCUUCCACCUAAUCAACAAUCUGCUGAGCCAACAAAUAAUUACUUACCACCCACUCAAACAUACCAAUCACCUGCUAACAAUUACUUACCACCCCAAAGAAGUCAAACCUCUGGUACCGCACCACAAAACUCGUAUGCUGCUCCAGGUGUUACUUCAGCCAUCUUCUCAAAACAGCAACAAAGUGGUUAUUCAGCCAAUCAAGGAUAUCCAAAUUCAGGAUAUAGUGCUGGCAAUAACAAUGGCUAUGGCAACGGACAGGAGGAAGAGAACUAUGGUCCAGCUAAAUAUGAAUUCAAGUACGACGUUCAAGACUACGAAUCCGGCAAUGACUUCGGUCACAUGGAAUCCCGGGAUGGGGAUAGAACUGUUGGACGUUAUUAUGUAUUGUUACCUGAUGGCAGAAAGCAAGUUGUCGAUUAUGAAGCCGACCAAAAUGGAUACCGUCCAACCAUUACUUACGAACAAACUGGAAACGCUUACAAUGGUGGUGCUCAGAACAGUGGUUCUAGCGGUCGCGGUGAAGGUGGAUUCAGUGGCUACGACUCCAAUGCUCAAAGCAAAUACCAAGGAUACAACUAA